AUGGAUUCCUUGAAGGCGCGUGUCGAAGAAGUCCUGCGAGGCGAUGCUGCCAAAAACGCCCUUCUUGAGGAGAUGAUGGCAGACAUCGAACAAAUGAAACAGCAACGCGAUGCCGCCAGAAAUGAGCUCGACAUGGCGCGAGAUACUGCUCGUACAUAUUAUGAGAGGAUGGUUCAAGCAGAAUCAGAGAAAGUCCUCAUAAAGACAUCUAUGGAGUGCGACAGAUUUGUUCUCGUUUUGAUUGACGGUGACAGUAUGCCGUUCCUUGAUGAGUUUGUGUCUAGAGGCAUGGAAGGUGGAGAAGAAGCAGGCAAGCACCUUCGAGCUGCAAUACUGGAAUAUUACAAGACAAACACCAAAUACCGUGCUGAUGACCGGGUCGUCGUUCGCGUCUACGCCAACACGCAUGGUCUGAGCCGGACUUAUAAAGCAGCUAAAAUCCUCGCCGACGAAACGGUCUUCGACCAAUUCAUGGUUGGAUUCAACAGAAGUCACCCUCUCUCGGACUAUGUCGAUGCGGGAAGCCACAAAGAGGCUGCUGACUCCAAAAUGAAAGGUGCGUCAAACCCGGGGCUAAUGCUGCUGUAG